CCGGUGAAUGUUAUUAAACUAUCGAUAAUUGCUGUUUUCUCGCAUCCCUGCACUUGCAUAACCCUGUUUUUGGUUGUAAUAACAAGAUGCUUCAGCCAUUUAGAAAUUUGCGUUUGACACUGCCUGCGCGCUGUGCCUCAGCUCUAAGCAGCAUAGCAGCAAAUACGACCGCGAGCUCUGCUGAUGCUUCUCCUGCUGUCAAUUCCGGCCAAAUUGAUAAGCUUUAUAGCAAAUUGGAAAUCGAGCUGAGAGGCAUUGAUCCGGCAGUUUUGAAAAGUUAUACCUGGUUUGCUACAACCGCAGCCGAGCAUUUGGGCAUUGAGUUGGGCAAGUGUUGGAGCCCGCGCAAGGCACACCAUGAACGAAUGACACUAUUGAAGUCGGUGCACAUCUAUAAGAAGCAUCGCGUGCAAUAUGAGAUACGAACUCAUUUUCGAUACAUGAACUUUCAUAAGCUAACAGGCUCAACGCUGGACACGUUUCUGGAGUACAUUGAACGCAAUUUGCCGGAGGGCGUAGCACUUCAAGCAUCAAAGACGGAGCUACAGCAGGUGCCCGAGCAUUUGCAACAGCCACCAGAACAAGUUUAGCAUUAGCUUAAAUAUUUAAUUAAAUUAGUUGUAAAUGUUGUGCAUAUAACUUACAUACUUAACAGCUACGUAUUUGAUAACAGUCAUUGAAGCGAUUAAUAACAGUAGCGUCGAGAUUAUUGUUCGAUGGUCAAAAACAAAUAAAGUGUCUUUUUAAUCAAAAAUAGUAGCCCAUUGAUAAGAAUAAACCUGUUAUUGGAUUUGCUCAGUUCAGGC